AUGGAAAAAAGGGGAAUCCUUAUCAACGACAAUCAUGCGAAUGGAAAUCUCUGUCUGUUUCAAGAAAAUCCGGAAGAGAUUCAUAUGCUGUUAGGAGCGGACACCGCAGCACAAUUGUUCACUGAAAGAAUUGAACAUUUUGCGGGGGAUUACGUAGCCUUUGAGACCAAGUUAGGCUGGACUUUAAUGGGCAAGAUUAAAGAGAAUGCGAAUACGUCGAGUUCCCUGUCCGUUCUUUCUUUAUCCUUACAUGUUUCCGAUACAAAUUUGUCCAAUCUUUGGCGUUUAGACACCUUGGGGAUUUCAAGUGAGGAAAACAAAACGAAAAGUGUCUUGGAAGAAGAAACCCGAAAACAUUUCUUAAAAAGUGUAAAACGAGAUAGCUCAGGGAGAUAUGAAGUAACCUUACCCUUUAUUUUAGAUAAAUCCGUCUUAUCCAGUAACCGUACUGUGGCAGAAAGACACCUCGUCAAAACCGAAAGUAAACUAAUUAACACACGCAGAAGAAAAGAUUACGAAGAAAUAUUUGAUGAGUGGGAAGCGAAGGACAUUAUUGAGGUAGUAACUGAGGAAAAGGAGGAAGGAGUGCACUACUUGUCACACAGACCUGUAAUAAAAGAGUCUAGUGAAACUACAAAGAUACGGCCUGUUUUCAAUGCAUCUGCACGUUCUAAGAAUUCACCCUCUCUCAAUGAUUGUUUGAGAGUGUCAUCUGAUAUCGAAAAGGCCUUUUGUCAAAUCAAAAUAGCAGAAAAGGAUAGAGAUUUUUUAAGGUUUCUAUGGUUCGAUAAUCAACAUAAGUUUAAAAUUUACAGACAUAACCGAGUUGUUUUUGGACUCACAUCAAGUCCGUUUCUGCUAGCCGCUACACUUAGUCACCUUUUGACUACAGUCCCAGAAAAGUUUGUAGAAACUUCUAAUAUUUUGAAGGAUUCAUUUUACCUCGAUAAUUCGUUAAUUAGCUUAAAUCACGUAGAUGAAGCCGAAAAUUUCGUUCAAGAAGCAAGAUUGAUUUUGGCUUCAGGGCAUUUCAAUUUGAGAUGUUGGCGAUCAAAUUUUCGCAUUGACAUGAUCGAUGAGAUAGAGAGCAAGACGAAAGUUGUCCCAGUAUUAGGAUUAGUAUGGGAUUUAGAAAAAGAUAGUUUGAGUUGCAAGAUCGAAGAAACAUUUAACUUGAGGGAACCUAUUACCAAAAGAAAAGUUUUGUCAAUUACCCAGAAAAUUUUUGAUCCCAUUGGCUUUACUGCACCGAUAACUGUAAUUCCUAAGCUAAUUUUGCAAGAAACAUGGAACCAGAAGAUUAAGUGGGAUGAAGAUCUUCCUCUUCCCCUAAGUGAGCAGUUUGGGACUUGGUUGAACCAAUUGCCUCUGCUAUCUCAGAUUGAAAUUCCUCGUUGGUUAAAUAUUGAUUACGAAAACGAAGAUACCGUAGUGCUCCACGUUUUUUCGGAUGCUAGUAAAAGAGCCUAUGCCACAUGUGCAUUUUUAAGAGCUGAAACCAUCGAAGGUGUAAAGGUUCAGUUAGUAAGCGCGAGAAGUCGAAUAGCCCCUAUUAAGGAACUUACGAUUCCACGGCUUGAACUUCUUUCCUGUCUGAUAGGUGCCAGGCUUGCCAAAACAAUUCUAUCAGAUUUGAAACUUAAGAAUUGUAGAACAGUGUUCUGGAGUGAUUCUUCUACAGCUUUGGGGUGGAUAAGAAGGGAUCAAGCAUGGGGUACGUUUGUUCACAAUCGAGUACAAGAAAUAAGAUCGCUUACCAGAAUAUCUGACUGGAGGCAUGUACCUGGAAGUUUAAACCCAGCGGAUCUCCCAUCGAGAGGAUGUACUAUUGAGCAAUUACAGAAAUCGGCAUGGUGGGAGGGCCCAUCGUGGCUUUACUUACCAGAAGACGAGUGGCCCCAUGUAGAAGAAAAGCCUGAUGAAGAACUUAUAAACAAGGAAAAAAGGAAAACGAUUCUGACUCUUCUAGAUCAUGGAGACAAUUUGGACCGGUACUACAAAUACUUCUCUUCAUAUAGAAAAACCGUGAGAAUGAUCGCUUGGAUUUUCAGGUUUUAUCACAAUUUAAAGAACAAAGAUAAAAACCUCACUCCUGAUGUCUCAGUUGAUGAAUUGGAGAAUGCUGAAAAGGCACUUUGUAGAUUGGUACAGAAAGAAUCAUUUACAGGCAUAAACGAUCCCGCUAUUCGUGCGCUGAGACCAAUCGUAGACCAAAAUGGAAUUUUAAGAGCCAAAACGAACGUCCUACAGCGUCAAGAUAAUGAAAAUUUCCGAUAUCCUAUCAUUUUACCUUCAAAACAUAUUCUUGUUGAGAGACUAAUUUACGAGAAACAUCUAGAACUCCAGCAUGCUGGUGUCAGCACUUUAAUGACAAAUCUUAGAGAAAACUUUUGGAUAUUAAAAUCCAGAAAAAGUAUUCGAAAUAUUAUCAGAAAAUGUGUAAGAUGUAAAAGAUUUGUUUCACAAAGAGUGGAAGUCGAGCCAGGAUUUCCACCCGAAGACCGAGUCAGAGAAGGGGAGUUGAGACAACAGGCAAUAAAGAAGGGAAAAUUUCAACAGUUGCAAGUAGGCGAUGUCGUUCUAUUGGAAGACAGCCAGAGACGACGCAUACAUUGGCCUUUAGCCAAGAUAGUCGAGCUUUUCCCCAGUAAAGACGGAAUAGUUAGACUAGCGAGGGUCAAGACAAGAAAUGGAAUUCUGCUUCGUCCAGUGCCCCGGCUUUUCCCGUUGGAGAUCUCUACUUCCGAAUCCGUUGGCCCUCCGUUCCCCGACAGAGCACCUCGAGAUAGAAACGACCAUGCAACUGGUCAGGCUGAUCAGGCUGCUAGUAUUCCAGAACCUGCCUCAAGUCCUCGAGUGAUGACCAGAGCUGGACGAGUUGUUCGGCCUCCUCAUCGACUGGACCUGUGUGUAUUGAGUUCCUCCGCAUCGUCGGAUCUCAAUGGUGGGAGGUGA